CAGUGUGGAACCUUUUUGGAAGCAGGCAUACAUAAAUGUGGCAUACGACAAGCGGGAGCAUCGAAAAUCCUGACGACACUGUACCACAUUGGAUUUUUUCUCCAGCGUGUUGGAGUGGGUGGGGAUGCAACUCGCAGCUGUAGAGGCAACUGCGUUAUCCACGUUCUUCUUUCAAAGAAGUUCUACGACGGCUCGAAAAACGGGAGACCAGGAGUAGCGAAGCGGGACAAGAAUUAAGGGGAAACCCGCUGGUUCCCGCCGCUUGAGAAGAGGAACAACACUGCUUUUGAUGCCCCACAGGCAUCUGCAGUUAGCGCGGGGCUGAUUCUGUACCGUCCAUCUCUACGUGACUAUAUAAGAGGUGAAGGUUUUGGGGUGAACGCCACAAGAAUACAGUGUUCCUUAGAUAUAUAAUUCCUUUUCAUAUGAAUCAGAGUGCCACGCUUGUGGAACGCAUGGCGAGAAGAUAAGUUCCAGCGGGUAUUUUUCUUCCAGCGGCGAGCCCAUGGUCUGACCACUAGCGCCUGUCAUUUUGAGAGACAGGCGCGAAUUCUGCAUCUACCAAAAAACGAUACAACUCACCGCGGCCUGCGGACGGGCUGUGACAUCGAGGGACCAAUCUGCGAGAAGUGCAGUUGUAUGGAAAAAACUCAAUGAUCUACAACCCUGCAGAUGCCUAACGCCUCCGGUAUUUGCGUACUUCCCAGUUUUACAUAACAUGUGCAAGACAGACUGGAACAUGUGUCAACGAUCUCUCACGGAUUUUGCACAAGUGGCCAUUCCUCGACUGGUGUAUUGCGAAAUCGAUCCCACAGGAAAGUGAUGGCCGAAACUUAUCUCCCAAGUGAGAUCCAAUAAGAUCGCACGGCCACCCCAAUCUCAGCUAGAACUCACAACAUUAUCUGCGGCAGUAUCAGCACUAGAGCACGCCCAGCUUAUUAGAUGUUUUCUUCUUUGUGAAUAGCGAAGCAAUAUAAUUUACGAAUCCUGAAAACUUUAUGCGAGAUGAUGCACUGUCGACCUUAAUGGGCAAAGUGCCUGUUUCAUUCGGACACCUGUUUCAUAAUUCCGGUAUUUUUUGAAGUACCGACACCCUGGUGUUAUUAGUGUAUUUAUGUUUUAUGCAAGAGUCACUGUGCAACUGUGCUAUCUCUUACACUUCCUAGAUAGUGAGUUCGGUGCCGUCGCCAACAUUCUACCAUUGACCCAGAAAGACUAAGAAUGAGUCUACUACGGACGUCAUUGGUGGAACGACGUCGCUGUUUUUUUUCCGGCUCGGUGAAAAAAGAACGUUGAUCCGGAUGCGAGACCGCGAUAGGGAUCUUUACUGUCGGGCCCCCAACCGCACACCAUGUUUGUGGCUUACGCUAAAUUGCAUGUUUCGGCCACACAAAGCCUUCGGCGAAAUCACUUGCUUCUUGGAGUGCACAGGCAGACAUAUUACAGAAGGCAUUCGAAAAACGAUAAAAAACGACCAAGGGAAAGCAAAUCACGGUGCCUUGUACACAAAGCAUGUAUGCGCAUUCUACGUCGUUUUGGCUGGAGUUGCUUCCAGGUGCAUCAUGACCGGUUGGGGUCAGCGGCCCGUCGAACUGCAUGAACGGUAUUUUUGCCACUUUAAAUUUGUCUGCUGAAUCGACACCUUUCCGAGGGCCUCGUCCUCAAAACUUCUUUUACCGAUUUGGGGACGCUCCUGUGUUUGUUGCUGUCUGCGAGUGUUGAAGUGCACUGUUCGGUUUCCCACGCUGUUGCACUUGAUGCCCCGGGAACAAACACACGCCCUCUUUGCUUGAGGAGAAGCUUGAAAAUUGAUUGCUCCCCUUUCUAAAGCCCUCUCAAUUCCGACGGACGUAUUGUAUCAGACUAUCACACAGCCAUUUUGACUGUCCCUAGGCUGAGAAUUCAUCAUGUUUGGUGCCUCCGUCGUCUCGCUAGCCGUGGGGACGUCUCUUAGAACAUUUUGCGAUAACUCAUUAUCUGGCUGGAAACUCCAGACAUUCUAAGAAAACCACCGGAAGCAGUUUUGUACAAACGCUUUUGCCAAAGCAAGCCUUUUCAAAGGAAAAUAUCAAUGUUAGACAGAAAAAGAACCGAACCAGAAGGCAGCGCGGCGCCCCCUUUUCCACACGUUGAGAGACACUGUUAUCUCCUGUGCCGGUCGUCAGAAAGGGCCAUGUCACAGUCAGGUGCGUUAGAGUUCGUUAGAGCCUUCUUUUCCUUGAAUCGGAGGGUGACAACGGCGGAGGUAGUUCCUCUGCCGCCACAAGCAAAAAGACGAAAUCACAGCAACACUUCUACAUUCCAUAUGCCUACCGCAGCUACUGUUCAGCGGUUACUGCUGCAAAAGCUUUGAUAGAAACUGAGCCUUUGAUCCUUCAAUGACUCAUCCAACUGUUGCCUCAUCAAGCUUGGGGAGACAAAUAGCACCACACAACUUCUAUAUCGCAACGACCGAGAAAAGAUGAUGCAGACUGGUCGGCAUCCCGUCCGCCAGUGUUGAUGCAUGCCUCCAGCCAAGGGCGGUUUCCGUUGGCACACAUUCAACUUGUUCGAAUCCCUUUCAAAUCAUUUUUCUCUAGUGACAUCAGCCAGGAGGAAACCCAAUGAUGUCCGUCAGCGAAUCUCUGGUAGAAUGGUCUUACUGCCGUCUUGCGAAUCGGUUUUUACUGUAGACAUUUUGAUGUGUACUGUAGUAAGUGAAUCUUCCGCUUCUCAACACACUGCUCUACGGUUGCCUGAUGGAUCGAUCAGGUGACGGCGGGAACCGUAGAGAGCACUACAUUAUCGACGCAUAAGUUGGGUGUCCCCGAAUGAGCCACCAUGUUGUCGUCACUCCUCUUAUCGCAACUGAACGCAGUGUUGUGUCAAGUUUUUGAGACAAUUUCACGUCAGCAAGUUGAAGCAUCUUUGCUUGGCGGCAAGCUGGUUCUGAAGAAACUCCGCCUUAAAGAAAGGAUAUUGGCUUCCUACUCUCUACCAAUCUGCGUUACUUAUGGCGUGCUCAAGGAGUUAAGAGUGCAGGUGAACUGGUUUCGCCUGUUAUCUCACCCUGUCGUCGUAGAGGCUGACGGCCUCCUAGUCGUCGCCACCACAAUUCCGACAAACGAAUGGGAUGUGGCGGUUGAACGGGAUAAUUUGUCUGAGCAGAAGAAGCUUCGUCUGGCUACAGAUGAAGUGCUCACGUACGCGAAGAUCGACCGAAGCAUCGCAACCAGAUUUUUGUACAAGCUCGCGUACACUUUGAUAGGCCGCGUUGAGUGCAACGAGAACUGGGAGCCUUAUAAGGGCGAGGGAGGCUUGGAUUCUUCCCUUGCGCCUUUAAGGGGCGAACAGGGUCUUUACGACGAAACGAGUGCAGAUGAGGAAACAGCCCCUCAAACGGAUUACUGCUUCUUCCCGCCCGCUGCCAAGCCCGAUCACCACCAGCACCGUUGCUGCUACGGGGACUCGUGCGAUGUUCAGUCUCGCCGACGAGCAGGGAAGAGCUCGAGCUUCAGGCCGUCCUUCGCUCCCGGAUUUCCUAACUCGUCUCUCUGGACCUGGACAAAGAGGCUUAUUACCGCAUCAAUUUCGUCCCUGUCAGGAGGAUCAGACUGGCCAGAAGAGAGCAGUUCUUGGGCCGGAUUUGCGACACUCUCUCAAACGGACGAAAUCCUGUUCAGGAAAAUUGUUGUUGCUGGCUCGGCAAUUUACAUAGACUCCUUGACACCAGCAGGCCCUUGUUCACCAUGGCUUCCUCAGCCGGCCUCGGCUCGAAAGGCUCUGCUGUUGCGCCUAACGAAGAUGCGGGCCCAGGCCCAAAGCAGUCAGAGAUGGUCGUCGGACUUGUCUGACCCCCACCGGUCAUCUCAGCAUGCAGUCAGACCCACUGGGCCAACAAACAAAAAUCAUGAAAAACCAGAUAUCCUCCAUGAUGGAGCAGAGCAGCUUUCUCCAGACUCAAACUACUUACACAAUGACGACCUUCGAGGCCUGAGCAACACUCCGCCCUCUGUCUCCAGCUGUGGGACAGACUGCACCGACUCAGUGGAACAGGGAAAUCCUGGAAGUUCACUUCUUCCUCCUAAGUCCCGCAAACAUUACCAACCGCACCAAGAAGACUGCCGAGUCUCCUCACCUAGAGAGGACCCGCCACGUCGGCGCGAGGAUUCGUCGAACAAAGGGGAGCAGAGGGCCGAAAAAGGUUCGAGUGCUUCCCAGCGGCGGCCGUUCGAGUCUCGACAGUACCGACGGAGGGGUGAGACACGCGAUGGACAGAGGAAAGCGGGAGAACACCCUGUCGCUGAUACUGAGGUACUCACCGGUUCGCGAACAGAUGAAUGGAUCGACAGGUCGCGCCACCGAGUGGCAAGGCGAAGGGGAAAGCUGACCGGCUUUGAAAGUGCAGAUUUUGCCUCGAAGGGCGACGCACCCGAGAGGAUUCUAGCAAGGCGUGUAGUUGACAAUCACGCCGGAGCGCUUCGAUUAGAUGGCGGAUGCGACGCGAAUGGGGUAGUUGACUCAGUUCGGGACCCACAAGAUAGGAGCCCAGUCUCCGUUUGUAAUGGUGAUCCGCAGGGGACAACGCCCCUUUUAGGUUCGAAGGCUACACAGGAUGGGACAGGCAGGCGACGUUGCGAAGACGACACAGACAUGGACAACCCAGAUAAAAGGCCACUGCUGACCGUGUACGAUCUGUACACCCACGAAGAAAUGACUCUAAGAGCAGAAGCAAGCGCUCCGCAGCACCAGUACCUCUACCGCCCAGGAAGGCUCGAGCUGAGAGUCCGCAUGCUAAGUCGCCCCGCGCAGGCUGUACCAGGAAGUUUUGCGUUCUCCGAUAGAAUCUUUUAUCGGCCGCUUCGAGCCAUCGCAGACCUCGGCUGUUUCUCGAAAGUCUUCAGAGGGUCUCGCGGGGACGUGUCUGCCCGGAGGAAGCAACCUCCGGCAGAAGAGCAGAGGAAUUACUUUCUAGCUUGGAGGAGGCGACUGCUGGCAAAGACAUCAACGUAUCUCGGAACGCACGGGAGGUAUUCUCAGCUCAAAUCUUUUCUUCAGGACACGCUAGGAGGCACACAGGCUGCGACGCCUGACGCCGGAAUUCUGUCUUCUCUACUCGACGAAACGGAUGAGGUGACGACAGAACCUCUCUCUUUUCCCCUUAAUGCUUUGGCGCCUCGCCGCUCUGUUCCUGGAGUCAACGCUCUCGGCCACCACCCUUCCCCUUGUCUCCAAAGUCCCUCUGAAGCCGACGAGAGACAGAACGAGAACGGAAAGGCCAGAGGCACUGCAGAAGCCGAAGGGCGUGUGGCGACUCACGUGCAUGUGCCUAUCCUUGCCGAACGGAUGCCUCCAGAGAGACAGGCAGAACUGCGGGGGGGCGCUGGUGUGCCAGAGGCCAUGACAGAGGCUCCCGAAGAGUUGUCUGGCCUCCUGCCUCCCUUCAUGGAAAGUAACGCAGAAACAAAUCAGGGACAUAACGACACGGAGCCAAGAGGUGGCGACGUCGAGCGUGGAUAUCGAAGAAAAACAAGACACGAUCGAGACGACCAGUGCAUCGCAACCUUCGAAGAAACGUACUGGGUAGACGAUAUCUUGCGAAUACGGACAGAAGCGCUCGAAAGCUUGAAAGGUCUGAUGCAGGAGGGAGAAGAAAGUCAGGACCAAGUGAGACAGCCAGAGAACGGGGCUCCGACAGGAAGAACCAAGAAGAAGAAAAAGCGGGGAGACCAUUCACGACUGCGGGGAGCGGGGCUAUCCUUCUGGGACCAGGAUCGAAACAAACGAGGAAAGCAAAACAAAAGUCUCUCUCUCGAAAAAACUGGGCAGAUGCCGAUUCGAACCGUCGGUUCCAACGUGGGGGAAACGCCUUUCAGAAGGGAAGAAGAUGGACACGAAACACCUAGCGACCUCUUCUUCUACCCUGCCCAAGAGUCGCCGUCACUCUGUGAAAACUCUGGAAAUCCGACAACGUUCGCGACACUGGAUAGUCCUGCGGAGAGCUGGACAAUAUGGGGCACCGAGGAAAAGAAUUCGUCUCUUGAGAAAAGAAGGGAAACCGUUCCUGGGACUGGCCCUGUUUGUGAAGACGACUCAGCUCCUGUUCGAUUUACUUCCUCACCGUACUCCGACAAGAUCUGCAGAGGCGCUGAAGCUUCGCCCCCUCAAAGGACUGCCGCGGACGAUACUGACGAAGUCAACCAGAAAACAGGAAACAGUCAGGACAACAUCGGAGGUCGUCCGUCUGGAGAUCGGCCUCCCUCUUGUGUCUUCUCCAUUUUUAGAGAUCGCCUCAAGGAGGCUUCGAUCUCGUCGCCCCUGGAUGCCCCCUUGUCCUGGCAGAUGGGAUCCCGUGAAAGUGCUGCGACAGUUAAUGGACAUGACGAAGAGGAAACAGGUGACUUCUGGACAGGAGACGAAUACUCUGGACAGGAAGAACAAGACACAGAAGAAGACGAAGCCGCAGGUCGACUGCGGCCUCCCCCGUCUUGUUCGCGAGCGCAUCUACGAAAGAACGGCAGGAGCCUUUUUGAUGAAGGGAGAUCAUCGACUUGUGUCGCAUUUCAAGACGUGAGUAUAGAAGAUUUUCUGUCCCCAGAUUUGGCGCAUCGUACGGUGCUUCGCACGCUUGCGCCACCUGAAGCUGGGUGCCCGUUCCUGGCCGGUCCGUCCUCUCUCGGCUCCGCGUCGCUGUCGUCUCCCCUCGCCUCUCUGCCUUCGCCGUGUUACGCUUCGUCAGCGCUUCCGUGCACCGGACCCCUGCCUGGGGGUUCUGGACAACGAUCCGUCUGUUCGCAUGGCGGUUCGUCUUCGUUCUCUGCCCAUUUCCAGUCUACGCUCGUCGCCGGCGCGACAGACGCGGAGCAAGCAGCCGAGAGAGACUCUUCGUCCUGUGACCCGCGUGUGCCCAGUUCCACCUACUCGCGCUGGUCCACAGGUUGCCAACAUAAAGCGACCUCUUACGUUUCUUCAGGCCUCACGCGUCCCGAUCCUACCUCGCCCUCACUCUCUGCUCAAUGUGUCAGCAGAGGCGCGGAGAGAGACAGAGGAAACUCGAGUGGAGAAGAGCCGCUGCCUUCCUUCUCUGCUGUCGCCGCGUGGACGCCACACCCGUAUUCUGGAGAUUCGCUUUGCUCGGGUGCUGCUGCGUCCCGCCGUCUCUCCUCAUCAGCUUCACCGCCCUCGUCUUCGCUUGGUUCUUCCUUGCCGUCUCCACCAUUCCGACCUUCCCGACUGGAAGCACGGUCCGCCGCUUCUGGACUGUUCUCUUCUUUCUUCGGAUCGGCGGCUGCUGAUCCCGGCCCUGCGAUGUUUCCGCCGUCCCAGGGAGACACACAGGGCGGGUGGCUCCGCUGGGAUAUGUGGGCGAAGCGACAAAAGUCGACUCCGGACUCGCUACUGUACGUACACCUCAAGGACUCUAUCCUCGUCACGCUGAGCCCCGCGGCGGCGCUGCGGAUGGUGCAAGUUCUUCUGAAAGCUCUGGAGCCGAUGGAACGACGCUAUUUGCUGGCGAGGAUGGAGGGAACUGCGCGAGAGGCUGUGACAAGGCAGGAGACGUACUUGGCCGAGAUGGCCCUUGGAAAUUCGUCGCAUUCUUGUUCCGAUCUCUGCGUGGUUCUUGAGGCGCCGUGUCGUCUCCUCCUUCCAUUUCAUGAGUCCAUCGAAGCGUCUGAAGGACUGCUCUUCUCGUGUGGGGCCGUCUGCGUCGACUCGCACCUACAGCUUCCCCGAGUCGACGCCACUGAGUUGUCCGCUUCUUCGUUUUCUCCCUUGCAUUCUUCGUCGGAAUCUUCCUCGCGGCUCGGUGCUCCGUUAUCGAUGAGAGCGACGAGUGUCCAGGGAAACACCAGAGGGUGGGCCAGCGCGCAUGCGAACAGCACAACCACUCGAGAAAUUGCAAGCCUCCCAGGACCUUCAGGAGACGAAAGGAGAGAGGAACACGAACGUCUACGAAUCGGUGAGAACCCUGACGAAUGGAAUAUGUCAGGCGCCAAGCAACAAGGCAAAAACAUGCAAUCCGUCCCUGCAGUUUCUCCCUUUCCCUCGCUUCUCCUCUGUUCAGAGCGCCUGUUUGACAGAUAUGCCUUCGGCUGCGGGGAUUGUACGGUUCUUCGCGUCGGAAACGCCUCUGCCUUCGAUUAUUUUCUUUCCUUUGCAUGCACCUGUAGCUCCUGCGGUGAGCUUCUCGCAGCACUAUCUGCCUCUGAUCCAGCGACGAAGGAGACAUGUUCUCGCCUCUCUGAGACCGGACUAGCUGUGCCCGCCUCCUGUCGUCCCCUGUCUCCUUCCAAGCCACGAGUGGGCCCAGAAGGAGAGACAGACGAGAGGAACAGGAGAGGGCGGAACGACGGACGUGAGCUCUGGGGAAGAGACGAGGAAAGCGAGCAAGUCGUGAGUGGAUCAUCUUUGAGAGACAGCAAAAAUGAGCAGAGAGACGAAGCCUCGACCGCCGACAGGAAGCGAGGCCAAGGAAGAUCAUUCACAUUUUCCAGAGGGGAGAGAGGCAGUCGUCGCCUAUCAGACAGCAGCCGCCUGCUUGUCAAAUCUCCUUCCGCAGCUUCACCGUCGGAGCGCGUUUACCGAGGAAAUGAAGGAAUCCAAAGAGAGGAGAACAAGAUGACAGCUUCAAAGGACAGGCGACGACACAGUGGAGAGAGAAGAAGUCGUGGCAGCAGAGUCUCUCCCUUGACUUCUGUGCAUGCAGAAAGUUUUCCUACGCAUGGGAGACACACUUUGACAGAUUCCUAUUCUUCGUCCGAGCAGGUGCUUGGCUCGUCAACUUCCUCACUUCGUACUCGCAAAGGCGAAAGAGAUACGCUUUCUGCUCUCGUUUCGUCUCCUGCUUUGGGCUUCGAAUAUACCGAGGCCGGGACCGCAGAGAAAAAACAAAAUGUCGACUGUCCCUCGCCUUCCUCGCUUCAUGGAUCAUCGCUGCCCCACCAUGAGGACUCGUCCCCACAAGGAUUGCGCGCCCUUCUCCCCUCUGAUACUGUGAACGUCCUGGAUGAAGUUCCGGGACAUGAAAUAAGUCUCAAUUGCAUGCGUCUCAGGAAGAGAAGCGCCAACACUCCAGGAUGUCGCAGUGGGCAUGAAGCAAGCGACAUGCGGAAGAGAAGAAGGGCAGAGGGGGCUGAAGAAGGGGAGGGAGUAAGUGAUGAAGAAAAACCAUCAGAGGAAAGAAAGGGAAAGAGAGGAAGAGGUAACGCUGAGAAUACCGGAGACAAAGGUAGAGAGGCCAGCACCGAAUCGCCUCCCCGCCGCCGAAGAGUCUCCGCUUCUGCGGACAAACGCUCUUCUCAAAGAGGUGACCAUUCACCCCUCUACCUCCUUUAUCCUACAUCCUUUCGCCUCUUCGUGGAUGUAUGCCAUUUGACUCGAGCUCAGGGCCUUCCAGCCUUUCGGCUUAUGCUCAGGGAUGACAACCUAAUCGGGUAUGACCUCGGCGUCGCGUAGGCAUUUGGAAGUGGGGAUCC